UUAUUGCUACUACACAAACAGAAAGCACACAAAUGACAAACCCAGUACACAUGGUGUCCGUGAACCCGAACCCACCCGAACCCUUCUUCUUGGACCCGACCGUAAUGGCCCUCCCGGGUCUGGCCGCUUUCUCCACUCCCGCCGCCGCCGCAGCGUCUACAACGUCGUCGUCCGAUGACCUUUCGAAGAAGGUCCGAAAACCCUACACCAUUACCAAGUCCCGCGAGAGCUGGACGGAACCCGAGCACGACAAGUUCCUCGAAGCCCUCCAACUCUUUGACCGUGAUUGGAAAAAGAUUGAAGCAUUUAUUGGGUCGAAGAGUGUUAUCCAGAUACGUAGCCAUGCACAGAAGUACUUUCUUAAGGCUCAGAAGAGUGGGACCGGUGAACAUCUACCCCCACCUCGUCCAAAAAGGAAAGCUGCGCACCCCUAUCCGCAAAAAGCCUCAAAAAAUGCUUUAGCUCUCUCCCAAGUCACAGGAUCAUUUCAAGCUUUACCUAUUGUUUCUGAACUUGGAUUGGUAAGAAGGCCUGAUUCUUCUUCAUUACUUGGGAAGCCUGUUAAAGGUGCAGCGGUAUCUUCCCGGACUGACAACUCUGUACAAGCAGGCAGCUUGUCACAUGCGACUCAAGGUGAUAUGAGAUCUGAAGGGAAACCUUCAGCAAGUAACUGUUGCAGUAGUGCCGAGAGCACUCCAAGAACAUGGCCAUCGGGAGAAAUGUUAGUUCAAGGCAAUCAUGGCCCGCCAUUGAGAGUUCUGCCUGACUUCGUGCAAGUAUACAGCUUUAUUGGUAGCAUUUUUGACCCAAAUGUCACCGGUCAGUUGGGGAAACUAAAGAAGAUGGACCCUAUUGAUGUUGAGACAGUUUUACUGUUAAUGCGAAACCUCUCCAUCAAUUUGACCAGCCCUGAAUUUAAGGAAGACAGGAGGUUGCUUUCAUCCGACGUAAUUGACGCGGAGAAGGACAAUUCUGGUGAUUUGAACAAGAAUACCCCAUGAUUAUCUAUCUGACAAUGCUGGAUGAUAGCAGGUUAAAUAAGCUUCGCAGGUCUGAUCGGGCAUGAUGGUUGUCUAUCUGAUUUCAUUUGCUUACUCAAACAAGGCUGAUUUUAGUUGGAUGAAAGUGCCAGGAUGUCGGGAUGUUCUGUGAGCUACUAAGCUAUGAAAGUCCCUUGCUGUGCUGGUUUGUAAGAACUACUCACUGUUGCUACAUCUUCUGCUGCCAAAUUCUUUAAUUGGUAGUCGUCAUUUUAUUGUGUAUACCAAGUACAAGAAAAUUAUGGAAAGAACUGUACAAAAUGAUGUUUGCAGGAAUGUGAAUUGUACAGAUCAGUUGUAAAUUCGAGUUUGUGUCCAAGUUGUUUUAGCAGGAUGCAAUGUCUGAAACUAGAGCUGAUCUAUAAAGUUUGUGGAGUAUGACCACUGUAUUUUCACCAUA